AGCCGCGUCCGCACUGCGCUCGGGAGCCGCGCAGUCCGCUAGUCCGGCCGCUCCUUCUGCGGCUCCAGACCCGGGCUGGGCGCUGCGCCCUCUCUCUCCCUCUCUGUCUGUGCCGUCGCGGGCGCCUCUCAGUCCACGCUGGGGUCCGACGGGCCGGAGUCCGCUGGGUCGGGAACCAUGAAGGUCCCGGGGGCCGUGCUCCGCGAAGGCGAGCUUGAGAAACGGAGCGACAGCCUCUUUCAGCUAUGGAAGAAGAAACUCGUGGUGCUUAGCACCGACCGCCUGAGCCUGUUCCCCGACGGCCCGGCAGCGGCCCGCCGAGGCGCGCGCCCCAAGGAACUGCGCUUCCACUCCAUCCUCAAGGUGGACUGUGUGGAGCGCACGGCUAAGCACGUCUACUUUACCAUCGUCACCAGGGACCGCAAGGAGAUCGACUUCCGCUGUCCGGACGAGAGCUGCUGGAACGCUUCUAUCACCAUGGCGCUCAUCGACUUCCAGAACCAGCGCGCCAUCGAGGAUUUCAGGAGUCGGCAGGAGCUGGAGCGGGAGCGGGAGCGGGAGCAGGUGGGGCCUCCCGAGCGCCGGCUGGCCCGCGCGCCCUGAGCUGCCGACCCGUCGGCCCGACCUGACCGAAAGAGGCCCAGAGCCUUCUGGCUGGACUUUGAUGGGGACCCCGUCUUGCACUGAAAGGAGCCCCAGGAGGGCCCGUGAAGGAAGAGGUGCAGAAGCUGAGAGCCAGAUCUCCCUGCUGGCGGGGAGAGAGCGCCCCGCCCCAAGAUGCACCCGGGGGGCUUUGGACUGUGCCUGUCUCCAAGCUUGAGGGGAAGUGGAAGCGAAGACUUUCCCCCAGGAUGUGGGAGCCAAGGCUUCCAGGGGCCUGCCGGGCAGGCUGGCCUCCUAUUUAUGACUUGUGAAGACUGGCAGUCCGUGCCCCGUGGGGUGGACAGUGCUUAAGUUAUUUGUAGUAUCUAUAUUUGUAUUUAUUUCACUGACUAGUUGGCUUCAAACCUUCUGUCUUAAUAUUUUUUUUUCACAAUGAGUCCUUUCCAAAUAAAU